CACUAGUCACCAACAUCAAGGUGACCCCUCGUCUGGAUACCCACCCAGCCAUGAUCACGGUGCUGGAGAUGGGUGCCGCACGCCACUUCCUGCGUACCCAGCAGAUGGCCCGCAGCACAGAGGAGAGGGCCCAGAUACUGCAGCCCACCCUGGAGAUCAACGCUGGUCAUGACCUCAUCAAGAAGAUGCACUCACUGAAGGAGUCCGACUCUGCACUCGCACAACUGCUGCUGGAGCAGAUCUACGACAACGCCAUGAUCGCAGCGGGCCUCAACGACGACCCCCGACCCAUGAUCGCCCGCCUUAACAACCUGCUGACCAGAGCGCUGGAGAAACACUGAGACGUCACGGCCGUCAACUGUAGGCCCUAUACACUACAGUCACUGCCUGCUUUAACUCCCCAUCUCCCCAACCAACUGUCCUACUGGUCAGGUCACUGUAGGCCCUACAUAGACACGUGACCUGGCUCUACAUGCUGCAGAUACUACCCCAUCAACAACACACGGCUCUGGUGGCCUUUCCACAUUCACGCCUGCCCAUCUGUACCCCAGAAAAGUCCCUUCAAUACCAACGGACUGUUGGAGGAGAGCAGGGAGGCUUCGGCCUGCUCAGAGACCUGAAAAUGGAGGAGACGGACACGACUCAAGCUGUGGAUGUGUGUGUUUCUCGGACUCUCCAGCAGUGUUGACUCAUGUUGUGUGUGAUGACGAGAUAUUUAUCAGACUGUUCCAUGAGCAGAGUGGAAACCCCAGAUCUGAAGAAUGGGUUAGGGCUUUGUAAAGUCGUAUUGACAUUGGGACUGGUGUAAUGAUUGUACACAUUUCCAUGACGUGCAGAUUACUAGAUGACCGUUCAAUACAAUCGUUACUGUUGGCCCUCUUUUUUUCUUCCUAUUUUAGUUUCUGUCAUCUUGAUUCAGGUUCCUCAUUUUUUUGUACCAUUUUUUUGUUACGUGAUAUUUUCCUCCCAGCUAUUCCUCAGAUAUGAUGGUUGGCAAUCCCAAUAUUAGAGCCAUAGAUUCCUGUCCUUCAGAGAAUAGUAUUCAAACUGACUGUAAAGACUUAUUUUUACAAUUAGAUGUGUUGCUGGGAGAAAGGUGUACGAGAUUGUAUAUUACCAUCUGUGUGGAAUUUGACAAAUGUCUUAAUUCGGUGCCCAAGUUAUCCAUAAAAUAUUAUUAGUUAUCCAUCAAAUAUUAUUAGUUAUCCAUCCAAUAUUAUUAGUUAUCCAUCCAAUAUUAUUAGUUAUCCAUCCAAUAUUUUUUUUGUACCUGUUAACAAAGGCUGACAUCGAAGAAAGAGCGCGUCUAAUACUCAGAUUGUAAAGUAUGAUACUGAUGUAUUGUGAAUAAAACCCAUUUCCUGAA